AUGCAUCUCACCGGCGCGCGCAGGCUGCAAGGAGAGGAGCCGCCAUUCCUAAGUCGUGCUUCACCGCGAGCUGCUGCGGUAGGCGUGCUAUCUGGCCGCGUGCCGCGGCCACCCCUCCGUCGUCGGCUUCCACGGCAUCGCGCGGGUCCCGUCCCGCGCACGGGCGAGUGCAGCCUCGUCCUGGAGCACAUCGGCCCGAGCCUCGCCCACGUCCUGCGCCGACGGGGCAAACCGUUCACGGAGGAGGAGACGCGGCGCGUGAUGCGGCAGCUGCUGGGCGGCGCCGGGAGGAUGCAGGAGCGCCGCAUCGUCCAACGGGACAUCAAGCCCGGGAAGAUCCUCCUCGGGCUUGGCGUCGUGGAGGGCCGGCGCGACGUGGUGGUGAAGAUAUGUUGCGACCUCGGGCUGGCCGUGUCCAUGAACGAGAGGCCGUCGCGCGGCCAGGCCGGGACGCUCUGGUACAUGGCUCCGGAGGUGCUCCUGGGGAAGCCGGAGUACGACGAGCUCGUGGACGCCUGGUCCCUCGGCAGCGUCAUGGGGGAGCUGCUCGCCGGCAGGCCGCUGUUCCGGGGGCAGAACACUAAAACUCUCACCAACCAGCUCCUCAGGAUCUUCCAAGUGCUCGGCGGCGCCCACGGCAACCCGCGGCUGCGCGAGCUGUUCCCCGAAGAGCGACUGUCACGGGACGGGCUGGAGGUUUUGGACGGGCUCCUCACCUGCGACCCCGCCAAGCGUUUGCCGGCGGUCGCGGCGCUCCAGUGCCCGUGGUUCACCGGCUCCGGCGCCACCCUUGCCUCUGCUGCUGCCGUGGCCCCCAAGCAGAAGGAUGUCUGCUCUGCCAUCAUUCCGGGAGCUGAUCGCAUAGUUGCCGUCCAGUGA